GCAUUCUCUCCAACUUUCACUUGGAGUCCAGCCCAGCAAAAGCACAGGAGACAGAGAGACAGCAGUCUCCCCCAUUUCCAACUCACAACAAUACCAAAAGAUUCAUUCAAAAGCAAAGGAAAACACCACCAUUUCUCUCCCUCUCUCCCUCUCUCUCUCUCCGUAGCUUCCUUUCUUUGAAGCAAAGCAAGAAGAGUAAAGGUAGCGUGUGACAACUAGUAAUGGCUGGAUACAGAGCUGAAGAUGACUAUGAUUACCUGUUUAAGGUGGUUCUUAUUGGUGACUCAGGUGUGGGCAAGUCCAAUCUGCUUUCAAGAUUCACUCGUAAUGAAUUCAGUUUGGAGUCUAAGUCUACUAUUGGUGUUGAGUUCGCUACUCGCAGCUUGAAUGUUGAUGGCAAGGUGAUUAAGGCCCAGAUUUGGGACACUGCUGGCCAAGAAAGGUACCGUGCCAUAACUAGUGCUUACUACCGGGGAGCGGUGGGUGCACUUCUUGUUUAUGAUGUUACCCGGCACUCAACAUUUGAAAAUGUUGAAAGGUGGCUAAGGGAGUUGAGGGAUCAUACAGAUCCUAACAUUGUCGUGAUGCUCAUUGGCAAUAAAUCAGAUCUUCGCCACCUUGUGGCUGUCUCAACUGAGGAUGGAAAAUCCUUUGCUGAGAGGGAGUCGCUCUACUUCAUGGAAACAUCUGCCUUGGAAGCUACUAAUGUUGACAGUGCAUUUGCUGAAGUGCUUACUCAGAUCUAUCGCAUUGUGAGCAAGAAAGCUAUGGAAACCGGUGAUGAGGCAGCUGCUUCAGCUGUUCCAUCCAAAGGUGAGAAAAUCGAUGUUAGUAAAGAUGUUUCUGCUAUGAAGAGAGUAGGGUGCUGCUCAAGCUAGGAUUCUAAUCUGAUUAUUACAUUGUUGAGAUGUGGCUGGUUUGAUUUGCUGCGUCUGUUUCUAUGUACACCAUUAUUGUGUAAAAUUUUCUCAAAGAUGCCAGCUUAGGAGGUCGGUGGAUUGAUUUUAUUAUGAUCUUAAAAGGUUUUUCCUCCUCUGUUUUAGCUGACGAACAGCUUAACUAGGAAUGAAGUGUUACACUUAUGGCUUUCAAAAUGGUAUUUAAUGGAGCUCAUAUUUGCAUUAAA